CGCAUGUUCUCGCGCCGGGUUUCCGUUGUUGAUUUUCACGUUCCCGCCAUCAUACACACCGGUGGGGCUGCGUUUUGGACCGACUGUCAACGAUAACAACAUAGUUGCUACCGGAGGCCGGCCACACGGCUAUCAGCCCGUAGGAGACGAGAGGGGAGUAUACGCAAAAUAUAGGAAAGCGUGGAAACCGAACGCUUUCUUUUGCACGUUUUACAUAGGGCUGUCCAUUGGCCCAGGUGUCACUUGAAGAUCCAGUGACCCAGUGUCUGUUGUGCUUCAAGCCAUGGCAGCCACUGUGCCAAAACUGUUAGGCAGCGUCCGGAUCAACAGCCUGCAACUGGGUACCACCAAGUGGAAGGAAGGAAGCUUUGAGAUCCACGAGAAGGACAACAAAGUCAACCUCUUUGUGAGGUUCAACAGUGGAGGAGUCCCCAAAAUAUUUCAGCUAAACCAGAAUGUGAAGACUGUGUCACUGGGGCCUAAACAGAAUCAGUGCCGCAUCCAGGUGGUGUUGAAGGACUCAAGUAGCCUAAUCAUUGAUAAAGUGCCCUUGUUAUUGGCCCAAAAAUUCAGGGAUUACCUGGAGAAACUGAAGCAGGGAAAACAGACAGUUUUAAAGCCAUCACAGGGAACUGUAAGCUUUGGCAGUAUACUUGGAAACCGGUCAAUACAGAAUGACUCUAGCCAACACCUACCCAGCACAGAAAGACAGACACCUCCUAGGCGCGCGAGUUUGGAGAACAGAGAAGAGAACAGCGUCCGGAAACCCCUGGGCAGCCCAAGCCGGGUGGCCGCUACACCAGUUCGGAGUGGACAUUUGGAAAGCAGAAGUGAGAAGAGGAAGAGGCUGCUGACUCCUGAGAGCGACCUGAAUGAGGACUACCCCAAAGAAAAUGACUCGUCCAGCAAUAACAAGGCAACUUCAGAUCCUGCUCGCAAAUUUCUGAUUAGCUGCAAAGAGAAGCUCAGUCAAAAGCAGACUGAGGAGAACAGAAACUCAGGUCCUGCACCACUACAGCCUUCGUCUUUCUACAGUAGCAGAUCUGUGACUAAAGACUACUCGCAGGGAAAUUCUUUCCUAGACAGACCAAGCAGUACAAGUCAGUCACCUUCAUCAAAAAGGAGCCUGUUAUUUCCCAGUCACUCAACUCCCUUGAAAAAAGUUCGGCCCAGUCAGGAUUAUACAGGUUGGAACAAGCCAAGGCUGUCUUUUCUCACCCAGACCCAACCUCAGCUACAGGGAUUCUCCAACUUGGGAAAUACUUGUUACAUGAAUGCUAUACUACAGUCCCUCUUCAGUCUGCAGUCGUUCUCCAAUGACCUGCUAAAGCAGGGAAUUCCAUGGAAAAAAGUUCCCAUUAAUGCACUUCUGAGGCGUUUUGCUCAUCUGCUGGCAAAGAAAGACAUUUGUAGUCCUGAGGUUAAGAAGGAUCUGCUGAAGAAAGUUAAGAGUUCCAUCUCUACCACUGCAGAACGGUUCUCUGGAUACAUGCAAAAUGAUGCCCAUGAAUUUCUCAGUCAGUGCCUAGACCAGCUCAAAGAAGAUGUGGAAAAAGUUAACAAAACCUGGAAAAAUGAGCCUCAGUCUUGGGAGGACCCCCAGGGAGCACGGCCAGGAGAAGAAGCAACAUCUUCACGAAUUUACACCUGUCCAGUGGUGGUUAAUAUGGAGUUUGAAGUGCAGCACACUAUCACUUGUAAAGGUUGUGGAGAGAUUGUCACAAAACGGGAGCAGUUUAAUGACCUGUCUAUUGAUUUGCCAAGGAGAAAGAAAACACUUCCUUUGCGGUCCAUUCAGGACUCCUUAGAUCUCUUCUUCAGGGUGGAGGAGAUAGAAUAUUCUUGUGAGAAAUGCAGCGGGAAAUCUGCAACAGUUAUGCAUAAAUUUAGCAAACUGCCCAGGGUGUUGAUCCUUCAUUUAAAAAGAUACAGUUACAAUGCUCAACUGUCACUCAACAGCAAGCUGGGUCAGCAGGUCUUGAUCCCCAAAUACCUCACUUUGCUCUCACAUUGCACUGAUUCUACACGACCGCCCUUAAGUCUUGGCUGGAACGCAAAUUCAGCAGCGUCUCGGACACUAAAGGCUUCUCAGUCUGUAAACUCAACUAUACCAGCAUUUCGGAAAGGUUCCCUUAAACCAGGGAGUUCUACUAUGACUAUCUUGGAUUCUGACAGUGAAGAGGAGUUAACCAGGAAAAUUGUCAGUCGCAGUCGCAGGCUGAGUGAGUCUCCUCAGGAAGAAGAUAGGACAGAGAAGCCUACACGGAGACCCCAGAUGGAGCAUCCUCUGCCUGGCUAUGACGGGAUGAAUGAUGAGGAAAUGUUAGCAGCUGUGCUGGAGAUGAGCCGUCAAGAAAAUAUGCGUUCGGGAUCCCCUGAAGAUGAGCCAACUAGCAGCCCCGACACAGGCUUUGGGGAGGGUGAUGGGCAGGACCUGGCGCAGCACACCGAUCUAUUUGACUCUGAUAGACCUGCAUCUUCGGAUGUCUUAGAUUCUUUGGAUCUGACAAAGGACCUAGAUGAGAACAAGGAGAAUCAGACCCCUGAGGAAGCUCAAGGAGAGUUGGACUGGGUGCAGCAGUAUAGUCUGGAUCAGGAGCGGGAGGAGCAGGAGCUGCAGCAGGCUCUGGCUCAGAGCUUGCAAGAACACGAAGCUCGGGAAAUGAAAGAGGAUGAUGACCUUAAAAGAGCUACUGAGCUGAGUCUGCAAGAAUUCAACAAUUCUUUACCAGAAUGCCUGUGCUCUGAUGAGGAUUCUGGAAAUGAGGAUGUCUUGGAUAUGGAGUAUAGCGAAACUGAAGCUGAGGACCUGAAGAGAAAUGCUGAGAGUGGUGAGCUCCCCCAUUCUUUCAGACUUGUCAGUGUGGUCAGUCAUAUUGGCAGCAGUUCAUCAUCAGGGCACUACAUCAGUGAUGUUUAUGACAUUAAGAAGCAGUGCUGGCUGACUUACAAUGACCUUGAUGUCUCUCGGACACAAGAGACUGCAGUGCAGAGAGACCGAGAUAGAAGUGGAUAUAUAUUCUUCUACAUGCACAAGGAUAUAUUUGAGGAGCUUGUGGAAGCUGAGAAGUCCAAUGGGAAUAAUGAAAUGGGAAGGUCUGUCCUGCAGCCCCUCUGAGAAGCCAACGGUGAAUUUGAUAAACCCUUUAAUACCAAAGGGGAUGGAGUUAUUUAAUAAUGCGAAAAGCAGAAAAACUUUCCAGUACUACUGACCACCAUCCAACUUCCCUCUCUGAAGCACUUUUAAAAAAAUAAUGACACUUGCUAACAUUACCACAGCAAGAUUACUUUCAGUGCUGUGAAAUCGUUGCUUACUGUUUGUCAUGGACCGUCAAGGAAGCAACUAUAACACAGUGUAUUUUUGAAGUGUUUCUGUGAUCUAUCCUGGAUUACCUCACCUGUGUUUAAUAAUGGGGUACUGCUAGGAUUAUGGAAGUGGUAAAGGUUUUGAUCGUUGCUUAAGGUUAAUGAAAUAUCCCAGGUUUUCACUACUUAAACCUUAUUACCACUGAUAGAUACUAUGCUACUGUUUCCUCUAUCUGAAAAGUACUAUUAAAACAAGAUUUAUAAUUAUUCAUGUUUAUUGGGAGAAAAGUGUUCGCUCUCCAUCUUUUUUUUUUUGUCUGAAAUCGUAUAUUCAUACAGUUACAAGAAAGUGGUGCAAUAUUUUUGGUAGUUAACUUGUCAAUGUGCUUAAGCUUUUAAGUUGGUCACCUUAGUGCGGGUUUCAUUAAACUUUAGGGCUUGCUUUUGCCUUCUCUUUGUGUGCAGUUUGUUGUUUUUCUUCAUUUAAAUUUUAAUGACUAGUUUUAAAGCCUUUAACAAGCGAACUCUUGAUGAGAUGGCUUGUCUACUUUUGGAAAGUAGACUGUUGUAAGCAUUAGCCUUUUCUUUGGAUGUCCUCAGCAAAUCUGUAAUUGAGCUCCUAAAGGCAGUAGAUUCCUGCAGAGCUUUAUUUUGUGAAAGUUGCACAAACAAUCUGGUUAGAAUGUAUUUGUUGAAAAUAAAACAAGAGUCACUGUAAGUCAAA